AUGAUUAAAACGAGUGAUAUGAAAACGGUGGCCUUUUUAGUUUGGAUUUUUUUCAAUCUGGCAUUUAUGAGCAUGGGUUGCUACAUAUAUUUAAUUGUUUCCACAUACUGGUGCGGUCAAACGAAGGAAACCAUUCAACCGAUACUUGAUAAAAAAUUAUUAAAAUUCGACAAAAUGAAUCACGUUGUUUUUUACGAGACUAAAAAUGAGUCGUCGAAUGGCGUGAACGUUAUCGCAAGCAAUAAUAAAUAUGUGGCAGUUUUAAAAAAGUAUAGCAGAUUUAGGCGUAGGACCACGAGACCCUGUAAUAACAAUGUUAAUUGCAGCAGUGAGUCGCAUAAUGAUCGGUUGGAAAAAUUUAAAAAUAAAUUAUUCAUACAAUUGAGAAGAGUUCUUCACGAAGAAAGCAACGCAUUCAAAAUGGAUAAUCCGUAUUUCGUUCAUUAUAACGGACCAAGAGAAAGAUAUCAAAUGUUAAGUUCGAAUGACAUUAAGUGCAGAUUGAAAAAAAGUGAAUUGCGUUUAUUAACGAAAAAAGAUUUAUCCUUUAAAACCUUAAACAAUUUACGAAAUGAUAAAAAUGAAAAAGAGGAAGAGUUUUUGGAGGGGAUGCAAUAUAAAACGUGUGCGAUCGUCAGCAGUGCUGGAUCUCUUUUGAAUUCGAAACUUGGGCAUUUAAUCGACCAACAUGAAAUCGUCGUUCGUUUCAAUCAUGCUCCCACUGUAACGUACGAAGAAGACGUGGGAUCUAAAACUACAGUAAGACUCGUAAAUUCUCAGGUCGUGUCUAAAAAAGAAUUUAAUUUUACAACGAGUUCUUUGUACAAAAAUGUCACAUUGGUCGUUUGGGAUCCCAGUAAUUACUCCGCCACUCUUCAAGAGUGGUAUGAAAAACCGGAUUUUAAUUUUUUCGAACGAUCCGAGAUCCAUAUGGAGAGUUUGGGAUUUUUUACAAAGUUAACGUCUAUGAGAAUUCGUAAAAAUCCACCAUCGUCUGGAUUUUUAGGUUUAGCAUUGCUCAUGCCCUACUGUGAUACAAUAGACUUUUUCGAAUUCGUACCUUCUACUCGCCUUACGAAAAAAUGUCACUAUUUCGAAGAUUUCGAAGAUGACAGUUGCACGUUUGGAGUUUGGCAUCCUCUCUCGGCGGAAAAAAUAUUAUCACUAGCCAUAAACGAAAUGAACGAUUCCGUUGUUUUCAAUACGGGUUUCAUUAGAAUAAAAGGUUAUAAGGAUUUAAAAUGUUGA